AUGGCUUUUAAUAACGGACAAACCGCACCUGCCAAUAAGCGCGCUAGAUUCCUUAUCCGCGAUAUCCUCCCACAUUUAUUCACUGACGUACAAACCGGUGCGGGUGCAAAUACCCUGAAAAAUUAUUACCGUCAAAUUGAUUAUAAUACUGAUUACAGCAGCAAAUUUAAAAUGAUGAAAACAACUGGAAAAUUUAUAAUAGAAAAAAUACCUGAGAAUCCGGAGGAAUUGCUUCGAGAAAUAAUACAACAAUGCAUGGAUAAAACAAUUGAAGAAGCAAAAAAUAAAUCAAUAGAACCUGAAUGUCUGGGGGCAUUAAUUUCCUCACAGCUAUUAGACAGCGACAUAUGGAUUCCUAUAAGAAAAAUUGAAAAUGAUACGAUCGACAACAUACUUAAUCGUUUCCAGCUUGUUUCCCAAUCCAAGAUAGAAAAAGGCUCUCUUAUUGGCCAGCCUUUCACAAUAGCAAUUCAAACACUUGGAAUCUCCUCUCUUCCAAGAACAAAAUCAAUUAGAGGACGCGCACCGCAAGCAACAACAAGUAAUUUAGAAAAUAGCUCCUGUCUAAUAAAAAUCGAUAACCCCAACAACUUAUGCCUCUUCUAUGCACUGGAAAUAACAAGAAAAUAUUUUACCAAAGAACUGGGUGCGCGCUGGAAUUUUACAAGAUACAUGCAAAAUAAAAAGAGGCAAAUGGAAGAUGUUUUUGAACUUUUGAAUACAGCAAGAAUUCCCCAAAACCUUCUUGAAUAUGAUGCUGUGGAAUUUGUUCCAGCUGUUGUAGAUUUUUGGAACAACAAAUAUAAUGAUUCUGGGUUCAAGUUCAAGGUAUUUAUAUUUGGAAACGACAGUGAAAAGCCAAAAUUUACUUAUGGAAAUGAAAAUUUCAACAUGCCUAUUACAAUUCUGCACACAAACAAUCAUUUUGACGGAAUCAAGAAUGUUGGAGGAAUGUUUGGAUUGAGGGUAAAAUAUUGUUUUACAUGUGAAAAGAAGUUUAGGAAAUCAAAGGAACAUGAUUUGAGAUGUAAAUCUCUCUGCAGAUUUUGUGGGCGCAUUGGCAGUGACCGACCUUGUGUUGCAACGGGAGACUUUUUCAAAAAAUGUGAUGAAUGUGGGAAAAAAUAUUUAAAUGAAGACUGCUUCAACCACCACAAAAAAAGCAGCAAUUGCCGCCAAACAAAGCAGUGUGAGAAAUGUGGAGUCAUCUGGUCAAUGAAAAAUUACAAAAGGGAAGGUGAAAAGAAGCAUGUUUGUGGGCAAAAGUGGUGUCAAAUUUGUCGGCAAUUUCACAGUAUGGAUAGAGGGUGCUUUAUUCGACCACUGGAACUGAAAAAACCAGCACAUUACCGUCUAGUAACAUUUGACUUUGAAGCAACACAAAAUGAAAAGAUAAACGAAAUUACCAAAGAAGAAAGACGGCUUCACAUGGUAAACUUCAUCGCCGCAACAGUAACCUGCACAAAAUGUAUGGAAGAUGAGCAAUUAUGGCGUGCGCCUCUCAAACAAAAUGGGAAAAACUGCACAAUUUGCGGAAAUAAUCGAUCAAUCACAUUUUCCCACCGGCCAUUUACUCAAACAACAGUCGAUCAGCAAAUCGUCACACCAAACCCUCUAAAAGAAUUUAUUGAUUGGAUUCUAUUUAAACUUAAUCCUCAAUAUACAACUAUGGCUUUUUCACACAAUGGAGGGCGCUAUGAUAUGAUUAUGGUCUUCAAAGAAAUUUAUUCAAAAGGAGUUGUUCCAUCAAUGAUUCGUCGCGGUAAUAAACUUUACGAGCUGAAAAUUCCCCGCAACAAUAAAUGCAAUGAAGUAAUAUUUCGAGAUUCUUUUAAUCUCUGCCCAGUUGCCUUGGGGAAGCUGGUUGGCGCCUUUGGACUACAAAUUACAGAAAAACAAUUUUUCCCACAUUUGGCAAAUAUUCCUGAAAAUUACAAUAAAAUAUUACCACAACUGCCUUCAAAAUCUGAUUACCUUUAUGGAGGAAUGUCACCUGAAAAACAAAAUGAAUUUGACAAAUGGUAUGAAGAAGAAAAAAAUAAACAAUUUUACCUGGAUGAAGCCUUGGCCGAAUAUUGCACAAACGAUGUUCAAAUACUCACAGAAGCACUUAUUGCAUUCAGGAAAAAAUUCACAGAGAUCAGCAAGCCAAAAAAUGACAAGUCUGGGCCAGCAGCAGAAGGAAUUGAUAUUUUGAAGGAUGCAAUGACAAUAGCAUCGGCCUGCAUGAAACAUUUUCGCCUGAAUCAUCUUCAACCUGACCAUUUGGCAAUUGUUCCGGAGAAAGGAUAUGAAAACAUUGAUAAUCAAAGUGAGCUUGCCCUGAAAUAUCUACAAUGGUACGAAGAAACAAAAGGAGUGGAAAUUCAAAGUGCACAUUCGGAAGGUGGGGAAUUUGUAGUGGCGGGAAAAUAUAAAGUUGAUGGGUACAUUGCGGCUGAAGAUAGGGCAAUUGAAGUGAAUGGUUGUGUCUGGCACGGGUGCCAAAAAUGCUUUGGAGAUGAUUUGCGAAAAAUAUUGCCGAAUGGAAAAACCGUAGGAGAAACACGUGAAGAUGAUGGAAAGAGAUUGGAAAUAAUUAAAAAACAUAUAAAGAAUGUUGAUAUAAUAUGGGAAUGUGAAAUUCACCAGAUGCUUCGCCGCAAUCAGAAAAUGAGGUUUCAACAGUUACAUCGAUUGAAUUGGAAGAAGCAUUAA